AUGCCUUCUUAUUCAGAGUUUCGUACGUUUAGAUUCCUCAUAUUAUUCUGUGGAUGUAUGUUAACAUUUGGAUCAUUCUUCUCCUUUGAUAUGCCAAGCACUAUUCAAACAGAAUUACAGGAAUUACCGGUGGAUUGUGAUGAAAAUGGAUCAUUUCUAGAUGUUGAUAAUGCUACUUCAGAAUUUAAUGUAACCUGUUGUACUGGAUGUCUUGGACUAGGUCCAUUACAUUAUAAUCUAUUAUUUGCCUUGUAUGCAUGGACUGCCUCUAUCAAUGUAUUAAUAGCUGGUGUUCUGGUAGAUAAACUAGGAACUAAAUUUGGAGCUGUGCUAUAUGGUUCCUUAUCACUAUCAGGUAGUCUGAUAUUUGCUCUAUCUAUAGUCAAAGGACUAAGAAAUACAGAAUAUAUGUUCCCAAUGUUAAUGAUAGGCCGAUUUUUACUGGGAAGUGGAAACAGUGGUAUGAGAAUUGUUCAAGAUAGGGUGACAGCUUUCUGGUUUCGUCACAAAGAAUUAUCUCUGGCAUUUGGUAUCUGUUUAACAUUUUCACGACUUGGGAGUGUCUUUAACUUUUUGGUUACAAGUGUUGUGGUUAAAAAAUUUGGUUUAGAAGUUUUGUUUUGGGCAAGUAGUGUCUUAUGUUGUAGUGGUUUCCUAUUUGUUGUUUUGAUGUCUUUCUUGGAUCAAUAUGGUUUGAAGAAAUUGAACAAAGCAGAUAAAGAAGUAAGAAGAACUCUGGAAUGUAAGGAUAUCCGUGAUUUUUCUGCAACUUAUUGGAUAUUAACAAUAGUAACAAUGUUGUCUUAUUCAACCAUUAUUCCAUAUAUUGCUGAUUCAAGUAAAUUGUAUCAAGAUAAAUAUGGUUAUAACCAACAUAUAGCAUCUUAUAUAGCUGGAGCUCCUUAUUAUAUAGCAUUAUUAGGAGCUCCUAUACUUGGUAUCUUAGUGAUUACUAUGUGGCCCUCAGUACCACUGCUUGUCAAACCUAGAGCAUUAGGUAUAGCCAUGGGAAUACUGACAUCAUUUCAAUUUAUUGGUAUUGGUAUAGCUAAUCUGGUUAUGGGUAAAUUACUGAAUCUUCGUGGCCCGUAA